AUGCAAACAUAAAAUGCUGCGCAGAGAUAUUCUAAUGUUUUCAUUUAGCUUAAUAAUAAAAGUAUAAUAAUCGAAAUAAGAAUAAUUAGUAACUAUACUUGUAACAGUAAUUACUAGUUACUGUUAGUAGUUUGUUCAGAGUAUUUAUAGUUUAUGGAAAUAACAAUGCACUUUGCAUCGUUGACAGUUUUAAAUACGUUUGUUGUGCUUGCAUCAGUGCAGUCCAUUAAUAUGGCUUCAAACAGCAAAAAUGUUUACAAAGAUUUGUCUGCCGCUUGCAGCAGAUUUACACAAACUUUUCAUAAAGAAUUAUGCGUUACCAGCGAAGGAAAUAUUGUUACUUCGCCAUUAAGUGUCCACAUGAUAUUGUCUCUGCUUUCGCAUGGAGCGAAGUCUGAAACUUUGGAUGAAUUAUCUCAUGGGCUUUUUCAUAGCAGCAGAGAUUCUAUAAGCGAAGAAUAUUCAUCUUUACUUGCUAAUUUAAAAGAGCUGAAAAAUGUAGAAUUGUACAUAGCAAAUGCGAUGUACAUUCAGGAUGGAUUUGAAUUGCUAGCAGAAUUUUUGGCGGUAGGUUCAGAUGUUUAUAAAUCUUCAAUUUCGAAAUUGGAUUUCAAACAUAAUAUAGAUGCAGCGGAGAAAAUCAAUGCAUGGGUUGAAAAAGCAACAAAUAAUAAAAUAUAUAACCUUGUGUCUUCAGAUGAUUUUGACGAAUAUAUGAAGUUGGUACUGGUAAAUGCAAUUUAUUUUAAUGGUUAUUGGUUGCACAAAUUUGACGUGAAGAACACGCAAAGCAAAACAUUCCAUGUGACCAAAACUGAUAAAAGAUUUGUGCCGACAAUGUUUAUUAAAUCUAAGUAUAAUUAUGGUGAAAUACAAACGUUGGACUCAAAGUUUAUAGAAAUUCCAUAUAUGAAUGAAGAUAUUGUAAUGACGAUAAUAUUACCAAACGAGAUAGAUGGACUUGCAAAUGUAGAGAAUAAUUUCUCAUGGGAAGUAAUUGCAAACGCAAAUAAAUCGAACACUGAUGUCGAAUUGUAUCUUCCAAGAUUCAAGAUAGAAUUCAUGGUAGACUUAGAGAAUACUUUACGGAAGCUUGGCUUGAACCGCAUUUUCGAAGACAAUGCAAAUUUCAGCAGUAUUUCAAGCAUACCAUUAAAGGUCGGCAAGGUUUUGCAUAAAGCAGUGAUAACAGUUAACGAAGAAGGUACAGAAGCUGCAGCUGCAACAGCGGUGCAAAUGAGACUUAGACGGAUGAUCGACAUGCCAGAACAGUUUAUGGUCAAUCGACCUUUUAUGUUUCUAAUCGAAUAUAAACCACACAACAUACCACUUUUUAUUGGAAGUGUGAAAGAUAUAGGAAGUAAUUCUAAGAAAGACGAGCUUUGAAUGUCUAUCUACAAACGAAGUCGACGCAUAAUUAUUUAAUCAAAAUAUAAUUUUUUAUUCUUAUAAUUAGAUUGCGGAUUUGUAUGCAUUUGUAGGAAAUUUGAACGUACAAGAAACUACAAAAUGCACACAGUAAACAACAAUAUAAAAUAUAUAUUGAAAGUAAAGUUCAUAUUAUAAUAUUUGUAGAGUAAAAUAAAUUCCUAUUUAGGUUCAAUUCUUGUAGGUACGUUUGCAAAGAUUUUAUUUUGCGUAAAUAUCCGCAGUCUAUUUAUAAUAUUUAUAAAUAUACGAAAAUAAUAUAUGUCUACACAUUCUUUUCAAACUGUGAACAUUGUACCUAUGGAAAAAAUGUUUCUACAGUUACGUUUACUUUCAGUAUUAAUGUUUAUAUGUUUCAAAUCUUUGUAUUGCGAUAAUCAUACAAAAAUGUGUUUUAUGAAAAAUAUAAUUCAGAUUUGUAAGAAA